GUCGAUCAGUGUGUGAUUAUUCAGGUCUGCCUCAUGGCGACAGAACCCGGAAGUAGCCUUCAGAUACUAAUGUAUCGCUGAUUGUCCGAGUGCCAGCGGCCUCCUGAUUAUCUUUCUGUCUGUCUGCAGUUCAUAUUCAGCAACAAUGCGAGUCCCACAGGUGUCAAGCUCUCCACAGAUCCAGGCGGUGUUGACCAGCUCAUCUUCAGGUCUAGAGGACUUCAAAGCUCACGCUGUUUUCCAGGAGAUCAGUAAAAAGCUGCAUGAGGAAGGAGAGCAGUUUGUGAAGAAGAUCGGAGGUGUGUUUGCCUUCAAGGUGAAGGAUGGGCCGGGAGGAAAGGAAGCCAUCUGGAUCGUUGAUGUUAAGAACGGAAAAGGCUCCGUUGACAAUGAUGCUGAAAAGAAAGCAGACUGCACCAUUGCCAUGGCCGACUCAGACCUGCUGGACCUCAUGACUGGAAAGAUGAAUCCACAGACCGCGUUCUUCCAGGGCAAACUGAAGAUCACCGGAAACAUGGGCAUGGCAAUGAAGCUUCAAAACCUGCAGCUGCAGCCGGGCAAAGCCAAGCUGUGAGAGGCGGAGCCUCCAAUAAGGCGGAGCCUCGAGUAGCCCCUCCCACCCAGUUCACUCUGUUAGAGUAGCUGCAGGAGUCAGACACCAAAUGAGUUUCUGUGCCGUAGUUUGAGCCUCUUUCUAACAAGGUAAAUAAUAGUUCACCCAAAAAUAAAACAUUUGGUCGUUGUUUCAUAAAGUAAAUCAUUGACUGUUCUUCAUCUUUUUCUGAAAGUAAACUUCAAAUGCUUUGAGUGUGGGUUUGUGAAUGAAUAAUGCCAGAAGUCUCAUUUUUGGGUGAAUUAUUUAAAUGAAUCACAGGAGUCUGAUAGAUGGUUACAAAAAUACUGUAUUAAUAAUGUUUAAAAAUAUAGUUUUUUUCUCCAUUUGAUUAGCACCAAUAACGGUUUAAAUUGUAUGUGUGUGUGGAUUGAUUGUUUGGUCUGAAGGGGUUAAUUGGAAGUGAAGCCUGGUAAAGUGCCUGUGAACUAUAAACUUACACACCGGGCUUUGAUGGACAGAUGUCUGGUUUAAAUGUACGACAGCAUUGUGAUUCUUUCUCUUUCAUCUUUACAGUUAUCCUAGGUUAUUGGGAGCAGGUAUAAUUGUAGCGUCACGUCAAUGUUUUUUGAGUGUUUCCCAUCAGAUGCUAAACUACUUUUGUACUAAAUAAACCUAAUCUUUCUCAUUUAA